GAGCUUCACACUCACAGCGGAGAUGGCGGUAGGAAUGAGGACACUGGUCCUUGCUCUGUUUCUGUCUUGUGGUGUUUAUGCCUCGACAUUAGAAGAGGCUAAAAAUCUAACCACGAUGUCAACAACAGGCUCUUUUAAUGUAACAACACAGCCGACGACUCACAACUUAACAACUAAAAAUCACAACACAACAACACAAACAACCCCUCAAAAUGUGACUACUGAACCAACAACCCACAACAUGACAACUGAACCCACAACCCGUAUGACAACUGAACCAACAACGCACAAUAUGACAAGUGAACCAACAACCCUCAACGUGACAACACAACUGCCACAUAAUAUGACAACUGAACCAGCUCACAAUAUGACAACAGAACCGCCACACAACACGACAACUGAACCGCCACACAACACCACAACAGAACCGCCACACAACACCACAACAGAACCGCCACACAACACCACAACGGAACCCUCGAACAUGACAACCGCUGAACCAGCCAAUAUGACGACGCCCUUGUCGAAUAUGACAACCAUGUCAAUUCCUGUGACGUCGGAAUCAACUAUGACAUCACAUCCCACUCAGAAACCAACUCCCUCACCGAGUAAGAGUAAAUUCAGCGCGGGGUCCUUUGUCGGGGGCAUAGCCCUUGGCAUUGCAAUAGUUAUUAUCGCAGUAGGCGGAAUAUAUUGUUAUAGCAGAAGAAGGAAACGAAGUAAUGAGCUGGGUAGCGAUAUCCAAUACAAAACUAUGUCCGAAUGAUACAUGAUUGUAUUAGCUUGUAGCAUGUUCAUAAAUAUGAGAGAGAGAGAGAGAGAGAGAGAGAGAGAGAGAGCAUCUUCUUAAUUGAGCUUCUGGCAUGUUUGAAAAUACUUGGCCAUGUACUCUUAAAAAGAAGCCUUUUUAUAAUUCAUAUACUAAUAUAGUGUUGAUGCAGGAUAUUGUAAUGCUCAAUUAUUAUGUUAAAUAUGAAACAAACAAAGCCGCAUGUACAUGUACGCAUGCAUCGGUUUUCAUUUUUAAAUUGAUACUUUACUUUCCCCCUUUUGCUUUGAACAUAUUUUGUAUCGUAUGCAUCCUAUCCUAUCUCCAUUAACAAAUAAAAUUGGAAUACAAGUUUUACUCUUUAGGUCUUAACUCACAUUUACUUACAGAACUUUGCAUGCGUGGCCCUCCAUUCAUUUAAUCAAAUCAUUUACAAUGUACUUCAUCAUUUCUGCCUUUCUUAAAUAGAGGUAACCGUUGCAAGUGUAUAUUGUUUCUGUUUUGUUUUGCUAUUAAAUUAAUUUUAACAUACAUACUAUAUAUUUUUUUUUUAAUUUUAUACAUGUUUGAAUAAAUUUUCAUGUUUA